AUGGUGCUCUAUGGGAAGCUUAGUACUGAAUUUGACAUCAAAACAUCUGCUGACAAGUUUUACAAACUGAUAGCAACAGAACUUCACCAAGUGCAAAAACAUUGUGAAAGAGUUCGUUAUACCAAGCUGCAUGAGGGUGAAGACUGGCAUGACACUGAUACUAUUAAACACUGGACUUAUGUCAUAGAUGGUGAGGUACAGACAUGUUACGAAAGUAUUGAAGAAAUUGAUGAACAGAAGAAAAGAAACACUUAUAAGCUGUUUGGUGGAGAUAUUGGUAAGCACUAUAAGACCUUUAAGCUCAUCCUUCAAGUAAUUACUAAGGCUAAUGGCACUGCUGCUGCUAAAUGGACCGUUGAAUUUGAGAAAAUCAAUGAGGAUAUUCUUCCUCCAAAUGGAUGGAUGGAAUUGUUAGGCAAAAACACUCGAGACAUUGAUGCUCAUCUUUCUAAGGCAAGGGUCGUUCUAUAA